UUUGUACUCUCUCUACCCAUUUUUACAUAAUUUGCCCAAAUCAAUUUUCUUCUCUCUCUACACACUUCCGCGCACACACAAAUACGCUGAACUCUGUGUACGCAUCUAUACAUACACACGUAUGUAUGUAUACAUAGAUACAUACAGCUCCCAUCGCCAUUCUAUUUCUGGAUUUCUUCGAUACCCAUUUCCCUUUACCCACCUCUGAAAAUCCCCCUUUUUCCAUUUACUCCCUCGUUGAUUUUUCUGAUCUCGAGCUCCUUCAAUCCGUUGAGCUGUUCCUAAAUCAGGGUUGUGGGAUUAUUUGAUGCUGGUGAACUAUCGAGUUGUGUAGUUUUACUCGGAGAGUAAAAGAACAAAAUGGGCCGCUGCAUUACCACCGAAAGUGAAGAUGGCCUUUUCUCUACUGACUCGCCUUUCAGCAAUGAUGGUGACAAUUUGAGCGGGAGUUUGAAAGGCCCAGGCGUUGUUCUGAAGAAAGGCCCGUGGACAGCUGCAGAGGAUGCAAUUUUAGUCGAUUAUGUGAAAAAGCAUGGAGAAGGCAACUGGAAUGCAGUUCAGAAACACUCAGGGCUUUCACGGUGUGGGAAAAGUUGCCGUUUGCGAUGGGCAAACCAUUUGAGGCCAAACCUAAAAAAAGGAGCAUUUACAGCAGAAGAAGAGCGGCUAAUAAUCGAGCUUCAUGCUAAGAUGGGGAACAAAUGGGCACAAAUGGCUGCACAUUUGCCAGGAAGGACUGAUAAUGAGAUAAAGAACUAUUGGAAUACCAGAAUAAAAAGGCGUCAACGAGCUGGUUUACCGCUUUAUCCUCCCGAUAUGCCCUUACAUGCCCAUCCACAGAAUCAACAACAGUUUAGUUCACCUGGAAUUUUUGGAGAUAAUGGAUGUCAUGAAAUCAUGCAUAGCAGUGGCUAUGGGACUCCUGAUAACAUGCUUGAUAGUUACGACAUUUUACCAUACGCUCCAGAAUUUCAUGGUAUUUCUGGCCGUGUUUCAAAGGGUAAUGGUUUUGGUACUCCUCGUGAGGCACUUCCUUUUGAGCGGUCACUAACUGAUGGCUCCAUUAACAAAAUGCCUCAGUCCUUAGGCCUGCAGUUCACUUAUGGCCCUGACCACACCAAGAAACUGUUGCCGUUUGGUGCCAAUCAGGAUAUUCAUCAUACGUCAAAUGUAAUUUUCUCUGCUUCUAAGCCCAUUUCAGGUGCUCAGAAGUUGGAGCUCCCUUCACUCCAAUAUCAGCAGAUCAGUUUUGGUCUGUGGGACCCCACACUUGAUGAAUCAAUGGAUCCCAUAGUUCAUUCUCCUCCACUGUCUCUAUCAGGGCCAUUUUUUUCUUCGAAUUGUCAUAUCCCAGGAAGCAGUGGUCUCUUGGAGGAUUUACUUUAUGAGGCUAAGGCUCUAAGCAAUCAGUCCUCUGUUUGGAGCCCUUCAUCUAAUUACAGCCAUGGAAACAGUUCUGCCUUAAAAACAUGCUCCACAGAGGUCAAAGAUUACCUCGAUCAAGGUUCACCGUUAGGUUACUCGAUGGGAUUGAUUUCCGAUGUUCACACUCCUACUGGUGACAUUGGCAGUUCAUUACAAGAUGCUAUGUCUGCUUGUGACGUGAAAUCAGAGGUGUUGAAUGAAAGUUGGAUCCUGGAUUAUGGAAGCGAAAAAGUUCAGAAUAAUUUAGAGCGUUAUAGGCCAGAUGCAAUACUGGGAUCUUUCGGUAGCUGGAUCGGGCCAAACGAGAAGCAACAAAGCUGCCCCAUGUUAUUAACUGAUGGUGUUCUUGUAGGUGACAACAGAUUAGCUAAUCGUGGCCUAAAAAGUUCUUGUUCCUGGAAUAACAUGCCGCCCGUUCGCCAAGUGUCCGAUUCUUCCUCAUUAUUGCCAGACUUCUAAAAAGUACUCGUGUUCGCCAUUUUUCUGUGUUUGUACUUUGUAUUGUACGAAUGCUGUGUGUGAUUGCAGCCAUGUUAAGGCUGUGUUUGCCUCCGACUUGUUCUUGUGAUGUGUCGGAACAUAUAUAUGUAUCGUGUAUCCCACGCGCGAACCUAUGUUGAUUGCCCGGUGGCUUGUUAUUUUUCUGAGAUUUUUACUUCAUUCAGUUCUCCAUUGUGUACUUCUGAGCUAUAUGCUACUGAAUUGAGUUUAUGUACUAUGAUUAUGAGCUUUGGACAAACAUUUAUUGGUUGUGUGGAAUGGAAGCUUAAAUGCAUAAUACUGUUGAAUAA